CUUCCUCUAAGUUAGGGCUAGGGUUUGUGUUAGGUUUUCCAUGGCGGCGACAACUGAGGCUGUGGCUGUGGAGAAGCCCGCCGCCUCGUCCGAUGUCAAGCUCUUCAAUGCCUGGAGCUACGAGGAUAUUGAGAUUCACGACAUUUCACUCCACGACUACAUUGCGUCGCGGCGCGCUACCUAUGUGCCGCACACCGCCGGCCGCUACUCCAAGAAGCGGUUUAGGAAGGCGCAGUGCCCCAUUGUCGAGAGGCUUACGAACUCUUUGAUGAUGCACGGGAGGAACAAUGGAAAGAAGUUGAUGGCUGGGCGCAUUGUGAAGCACGCGAUGGAGAUCAUUCACUUGCUCACAGAUGCGAAUCCGAUCCAAAUCAUCGUGGACGCCAUCAUCAACAGUGGUCCUCGUGAAGAUGCUACACGAAUCGGUUCCGCUGGUGUGGUGAGGCGUCAGGCUGUUGAUAUCUCGCCUCUGCGGCGCGUGAAUCAAGCCAUUUACUUGCUCACUACUGGAGCUCGCGAGAGUGCUUUCCGAAACAUCAAGACCAUCGCCGAGUGCCUCGCUGACGAGCUCAUGAAUGCCGCCAAGGGAUCUUCCAACAGCUAUGCGAUCAAGAAAAAGGACGAGAUUGAGCGUGUUGCGAAGGCGAAUCGUUGAGAAACACAUUCUAAUGUAUUGAGCCUUUUUUGGCAUAUCUUUUGAAAUCAAAGAUUCUACUACACAUUUGAUCCAAA